GUUAUUUGCGGGUCGUUCGGGCCUCGAAAUAUUUUUAGUCAAAAAAAUAUCAAUUGACAAAAGUUUAAAUAAAAUUUUAUAUUUGUAAUAAUAAAUACAAAUUAUUUUUAUAAUUAAGACGAUAAAUUUCAUCCACAAAUAACCAUGGAAUGGAAGAUAUUAUUUUGGAUAGUUUUCAUCACAGGACUGUCGUAUUCAUACCCUCAACAAAGUACUAUAGAUCCAAAUUUACUUAUUGAAAUUUUUGGUACGCCACCAUCAAAUGUCGCAGCUAAAUUCACCACAACAACAAAUCGCCCGUUUACAAAAUACGACCCGAGUGGAUUAGAUUCUUUAAUUGAUGAAGUUUUUGGCACAACAACCGAAGAAGUUAAACAUGAUCAAAAAUUACCAAACAAUCCCGAUAAAAUUCAUAAUUCGGAAAACGAAGAUUGUGAAUGUGUUAGUUACUAUCUCUGUUCAAACGGUACUAUUAUUGAAGAUGGUGUUGGAUUGAUUGACAUCAGACUGGGAGGAACUACUUGUGAAAAUUAUUUGGACGUUUGUUGCAAACAUUCAGAUAUUUUGGAUCGUGAUAAACGUCUGACAGUAAAACCAACGAAGCGUGAAGGAUGCGGGCAUCGUCAUUUCAAUGGCGUAGGUUUUAGGAUAACAGGUCACUCUGACAAUGAAGCUCAGUUUGGGGAAUUCCCUUGGAUGGUUGCAGUUUUACGUACAGACGGAAAUUCAUCAAACCAAUUAGGUGAAAAAAUAAAUCAUUUUCAAUGUGGGGGCUCUCUGAUUCAUCCACAAGCAGUUUUGACUGCUGCUCAUUGCGUUAAAGGGCGGGAUUCUUGGGAGUUGAUAAUAAGAGCAGGUGAAUGGGAUACCCAAACUCGAAGUGAACCACUUCCACAUCAAAAUCGAGAUGUUUCGAGAAUUAUUAUUCAUCCUAACUUUAAAUCUGGUAAUUUGCAUAAUGAUUUUGCAAUUCUAAUUCUGUCAAAAGCUGUAGAAUAUGCAGAGAAUGUUGAUAUUGUUUGUCUGCCGGAUAAAUAUGACGUCUUCGAUAACGCAAGAUGUGCCGCAAGUGGUUGGGGGAAAGAUGUUUUCGGUAAAGAAGGACAUUACCAAGUCAUACUCAAACGCAUUGAAUUGCCAGUAGUCAAUCACGAAGUAUGUCAAAAUUCUCUACGCACUACUCGGCUCGGAAAAUACUUUAGGUUGGACAAUAGUUUUAUAUGCGCUGGAGGCGAAAUUGGAAAAGAUACAUGCAAGGGUGAUGGAGGAAGUCCACUAGUGUGUCCACUUCGCAAUGAUCCAACUCGUUAUUCACAAGCUGGAAUCGUUUCUUGGGGCAUCGGCUGUGGUGAAGACGGAGUUCCUGGUGUUUAUGCUAAUGUUGCUUAUGCACGUGAAUGGAUUGAUGAGCAAUUAGCACAAGUUUUUACUAAACUUUAAAUUCAUUCCAGAGCAAUGUGAAAAAAAAAAGUAUAUGUUAAAUUUUAUACGACUGCAUUUAAAUAUUGCUAUAAAUUUUUGAAUUAAAAAUACAUUCAUUACAUUCCAUA